GUUCCAUGGAUGUUCCUUCUUGGAAAUACCAAAUUCUCUAUCUUUAUAUACAAAAGAACUUGCUCACAAACAAGCAGUCUCUCUCAAAUUCUAAUACUUUUUCUCAAUCCUCUCUUCUCUAAUGGCGUCUCCUAAAUCUUCAACAAGACCAAGCCAACAAGAUCAAGAACCCACUAAAUUCCAAGAUUUCUUUCCAACAAUGGCUGGAAAACUCGGUGGAGAAGGUCUAAUCGAAGAGCUAUGCAAAGGGUUCGAGCUUCUUAUGGAUAAAGACAAAGGAGUCAUCACGUUCGAGAGUUUACGAAGAAACGCAUCCACGGUUCUUGGACUCGGAGAUCUAACGGACGAAGAUGUUCGAUGUAUGAUCAACGAAGGAGAUUUCGAUCGAGACGGUGCGUUGAAUCAGAUGGAGUUUUGUGUUCUCAUGUUUAGACUUAGUCCUGAACUGAUGGAAGCGUCACGGUGUGUUGUGACGGAGGUGAUUGAGGAAGAGUUUUCCGAUUGUAGUCACCGGCAAUGAUAGAGAGAACCUUCUUUCUCUGUCAGUGUCUUUUAACUAAUUUCUUACAAAAUUAAAAGAAGACAAUUUAAUAAUUUAUAAUGUUAUUUUGAUUUUCCAUUAUUGUUACAGCUCAUAGAAACUGUUUGAAUAAUACGAUAUGGAAAAAAACUAUAUAUCGAGAAACAA